AAAGACAGAGACAGAGCAAAAGAGAGAGGCAGAGAGAGAAAAAGAAAGAGAGAGACACAGAGAGCAAGAGAGAGAGAGAGAGCAAACAAGAACAAUCCUUCAGUCCCACACGUUACUGUAAGUAUCUUUUGUCAUUUUAUUUUCUUAGACUGAUUUAUUUACUGCCAUUUUCAGACACUGUUGUAUUUAUUUCUAGAUCGACACCAGACCAGACCAGAACAGAACAGACCAGAACAGAACAGAACAGACCAGAACCAAACAGAACAGACCAGAACAGAACAGAACAGAACAGACCAGAACAGAACAGAACAAUCUGUGGAGGAGAUUUUGAAGGUAAACGACGUAAUUACUGUUCGUCACUGACACAGAGCCUCAGACCAGCUUUAAAGCCGACCCAGAGCUGUACAGCUUUAUCGUGUUCUACAGCACUACUGACUCACUCGGACUAAAUCAUUCUAGAAUAAAAUGACAAUCGUUAUGGGUUUGUUGUAUAGAAAGAAAUGAAACAGAAGAGGUUUUAUUCACUUCUAGAAGUGAAGCGAUCGCUUUUUUCCCCUUCGCUAUUCCAGACCAUCGCUACCCAAACGUAUCUCCACCGUCUAGAACGCAAAAUUCUGUAUUAUUCGAAUAACAGUAAAAUGAAACGGGUCCAUUCCAGUCUAGAACGCAGCGCUCCCGUCUAACUCGGACGCUCGGAGUAAAGUUCCGUCCUAAAUACCUGCAGCGCUUCAGACGUGUCCCGACGUGUCGCACCCAGGAGGAAGGAACGGAUUAAACUGUAAUAAUGCAGACAUGUUCAGGACACCAUGACGACCGCUCUGAGCUCCACUGUAACCACAUGCUACAAGUGGAGAAAUGACGAUGAGGAUUUCUUCUCUGUGGUUCUGAAUGUUUUCUAGUCGGCAGAAAUGGCAGAGGAAGAGCGCGAGCCGCAGCCGCCGCUGGCCGACUCGCUCCGCCUGGCGUCGGUCACGCAGCCUUAUCCCUGUUCUCCAAAAACACGACGGAAACCAGACGCCGACUCGCUCAAUCCUUCACAGGAACAGCUGUCCUGCUGGCUGGAGGAGCUGGAGAAGGAGAGCAAGAGCGCGGAAGCUCAUAUGGCGUCUCUGAAAAAGCGCCAAAGCAACCUGGCGACGAGCGCGGAGACGAUGGAGCAGCAAGUACGCGAGCGAUUCGAGGCCAUGCGUCUGGCCCUGGAGAAGGACGAACAGGCCGUACUGGGUUCGCUGGAACUAGAAUACCGGGAGAACAGCAGCAGAAUGACGCGUCUUCUAAACGACUGGAACCAGCACCUGAAACUGGUGCGCAAGCGGAUCGGCGCCGUCAGGACGCUGCAGCAGACAGGAGCUGAGCAGCAGCAGGUCUCUCGUGAAGAUUUCAGCUGCCACAAGAAGCAGGACGCAGCCGAGCUGGCCAUCAGGCUGAACGGUGAAAGGUUCCAGAAGCUCAUGAAGGUUUUGGGGAAGAUCUCAAAAGAUCUGCAGGUCCAACUACAGAAGAAGAGCCUGCUGCUGGACUCCACUCAGGUGGUGAUUGACAGGGCAGCCAGCCACAGACAGAUCAAGGUGACUUCCAAUGGGCGGGGCUUAUACAUCUCUCCUGACGACGGCUCGGCUCCUCCUCCCCCUCUGCAGUUCGAUCAGACCUGCUGCGCCCUGGGCUCGCCCGCCGUAAGCUCGGGACAGCGCUACUGGGAAGUGGACGUUCACUGCUGCCCUUCCUGGGCCGUGGGCGUGGCAUACGGCAGUCUGAACAGGAAAGGGCGGGACAAAAGCACAAAACUGGGCAGGAACAGACUGUCGUGGAGUCUGGAGUUUCGGGACGGGCGUAUGUCGGUUUGGCACAACGACCGACACGUGGCUCUGUCCGGUCGCGCGCCAGACAGAGUGGGCGUGUUCCUGAACUUCGCCAAGGGACAAGUGGCGUUCUAUGACGCAGACGCUAUGAAGAUGCUGCAGGAUUUCUCAACCAGCUGCAUGAGCGUGUUCGACAGGGCACAUCACCAGUUCACCGAGCCCGUGUUUCCUGCCUUUCGCUUUUUUAACGCUAGAGAUCGACCGCCUGUUCCGGAUCAUAUGGAGAUCUGUGACCUCGGGCUCUAACGCACUGCGGCUCUGCAGCUCGUCCUCGUCCUGCACCUUUUACUGUUUGUUCUGUAAACUUAACCUUUAACGUGUAAAAUCACAAUUUUUUUUUCUAUUUGAGGUCAAAAGUCAUCUUGUUGGCUUGAUCAGGUGAGUAAUAAUAAUAAUAAUAAUAAUAAAAAUAAAUAACACAUC